CCGCAAAGUCCUCCGCUCUGUCCGAAUUCCCGCAACUCGGUUUUCCUGGGGCUCCCACGCGCGUGGCUGGGCUACCUACUAUCGGACAACUUUCUGGCAUGAUGAUUUUCGGAUGCGCGUGCCAUGGACUGACUUAGCACUUCUUGUUUUUGUAUAAAUAUAGACCUGGAUGACCCCCCUUUCAUAUCACAAAGCAGCUUUGUUCUGGCCGACGAAUUUUCAAUUCUUCCUUCAUUACCAUGGGCAUCUCCAAGCCAGGAUCGCGCAUCAAUGCUGUCAACGACGAGCUCUCGGCUGUUUUGCCCGACAACAAAUCAUGGUACACGAAGCCUCAUCUUGUCAAGUUGCACUUUUCCAUCCUGUCUCUUGUGCUGUUUUCUUCGGCGAAUGGUUACGAUGGCAGCCUUAUGAACGGCCUACAAGCCCUUCCUCAAUGGGAUUCGUUCAUGGAUAAGCCAACUGGCUCCUGGCUAGGCUUUCUCAACGCUCUAUAUUGGCUUGGGAUGGGUGCCAACUAUCCAUUGACAGCCUUGGUGGCAAACAGGUUCGGACGUAAGCCUGGAGUCUACAUCGGUUACGUUUUUCUAGUCACUGGGUCUCUUAUUGUCUUAAGUGACAACAAUGUUGCCUUUAUUCUUUCUCGCUUUCUGGUCGGCUGCUCUUCGGCAUGGUUCGCAAAUGCGGUCCCACUGCUCAUCAACGAGAUCUCACAUCCAUCGUACAGAGGUGUACUGAGUGCUCUGUUUAUGUGCGGCUACUACGUCGGUGGCACCAUCGCAGCAUUCGUCACGUUUGGUACACGUAACUAUGUCACCGACUGGGCAUGGCGAAUCCCAUCUGUUCUGCAGCUGUUGCUUCCCUUGGUCGCACUCCCAGGGCUAUUAAUGGCACCUGAAAGUCCCCGCUGGUUGGUUUCUGUAGACCGCAUUGAGCAGGCUCGUAACAUGUUGAUCAAAACGCAUGCUGGCGGCGACGCCCAUUCCGCAUUAGUCGAAUACGAAAUGAACGAAAUCAUCUCCGCAAUCCAACUCGAAUCGACACUCAAAGGUGCGAGCUACAUGGAGUUGUUCAGUACACCAGGCAACCGACGUCGUCUUCUCAUAUCGGUGUCCCUUGGUGCAUUCUCACAGUGGUCGGGAAAUGGUGUCGUCUCAUAUUAUCUCGUUCUAGUGCUUAGAACUGUGGGUAUCACAAGUGUUACAGAUCAAACAUUGAUCUCUGGCCUGCUGCAGGUCUGGAAUCUCUUCUUCGCCGUCGGUGCUGCCGUCAGUGUCGACAAAAUCGGGCGUCGUCCUCUCUUCCUUGCUUCAGCUGGUAUAAUGCUUGUGGCGUAUAUCCUUGUCACGGCUCUCAGCGGUGCUUUUGCAGAGUCAGGCAACGGCCCCACUGGCAUUGCCGUGAUUCCAUUUCUCUUCAUAUUCUUUGCUGGUUACGACAUUGCCUUGACACCGAUGCUGACUGCCUAUCCCUGUGAGAUCUGGCCAUACAGACUUCGGUCCCAUGGCUUGACCGCCACAUGGCUCUCUGCUAUCUCAGUCAUCUUCUUCAACACCUUCGUCAACCCUAUCGCUCUGGAGGCAAUUGGCUGGAAGUACUACUUUGUUUUCAUCGUUGUGCUUAUUAUCAUGUGCUUUACAGUAUAUUUCUACUAUCCGGAGACUCGGGGCUACACUUUGGAGCACAUGGCAGUGCUCUUCGACGGUGAUGAUGCUGUGCCUGAUACGAAAGAGGCCGCAGUCAGGGCAACCAGUAUUGUGUCCGAGAGCGGAAAGCAACCCACUGCUGCGCACGAAGAGAAGGUAUGAUUUACGUGUAGUAUAGUGGAGAUAGAAUUUCCAAGGAACCCUCGUAUAUGCUUUGAGCAUCUUGUGGCCGAAUUGUUAUUCUGAAAGAUAGAUUUGAGCAAAUAACUUUGUAAUGUUGAAGUGUUCCUGUAUGUGAUCAAUAAGCAUCCCCUUCAUUCACUCGACCUGAUGUAGUACAACACUCUAUCGACUUUCA